AUUACUUCUAAUAACUAUGAGGAGAACAGGAUUAAACAAAUAUGCGACAAAUAUUUAAUAUCCAAUUUUUGUCAACAAAUUUCCGGCAAUAAUAAUGCGAUUGAAUGCCAAACGAGACACACAUUUAACGACUCGUUCAACGACGACAACAAUAACAGUGCAAUUCGUUGGUCGGGCUAUAAAUACGGCUUUUGGGCCCAAUUGUGGGCUUUAUUGUGGCGCUCAUACCUAUUAACUACGAGAAAUCAUGAUAUUAUGAUUGCCCAGAUGCUUUUUGUGGGCAUUAACGUAAUGGUAUUUGGUUCGGGAAUCCGUUUAUUUAUUCGGGAACACGACAAUCGUUACGCACUGUCGACUAUAACCCGGGAUGUUCUCACCACAAUGAUAUUAUUACCAGUAUUUACCAUAAUAAUGCAAGUGCUUGCCGGAUUUAUUUUAAACACAAGCUCAUUACAAAAUUGGUUGCAGUGGAUUAAAUACUUAAAUUUUCUACACUACGCGUACGAAUCGCUUAUUGUAAACCAAUGGCGAUAUAUCGACGAUAUUCCGUGUAUUAAUGGCAGUCAAUCUAUAGGACAAUGUUAUGGCAAUGGACUCAAUGUGAUUAAAUCGCUGGGAUUUUACGAAAGUAAUUUAUAUUGG